AUGCAGUCCGAAAUCCUAUUCAUCUCCUGCUUAGCCCUAGCAUUGAUGAUAUUGGGUUUAGUCCAAAAAGAAUGGGUUAAGCUGGAAGGGCUAUCAUCAAAGAAAUCAAUUUUCAGCAGUCCCUGGAUACCUUGUAUCAACUCAAAUUGCACCAUGGUUGACCUAACAGAUGAGAAGAAAACCUGGAACCUGAUGGCUAUAACUAUCACUCUUUCCAUCAUCCUGUCCUUUAUGUUGGGGUUGGACUACAUUUACAUAAUUCCUUGAAUCAAAAGCUGCUACCUCAUCUUUGCCUUUACCAGCUUCCUGACAGCAGGUACCUGUUUGUUCACAGCAAUCAUAUUGUACUACCAAGAGCUGAGGAAAAGCUUCAACAUGUACUACUAUGAAAUCAAAGUCAACUGGAUCUUUCAUUCAACUUAUAUAAUUAUCUUCUUAUAUUUAGUCUGUGGGAUCCUCUGUCUUUUGAGCCACAGAGAAUGCAACAAGAGGCCCCUAGACCAUCUAGAAGAGUCUCCCACACAAUUUCCAUUGAGACAGUCUGAGAGUAUCCAAAUGCAAACUGAUGAUAAAGAAAUGAAGGGAAAUUUUUCUGACAAAAUCCACAUUGAAAACUUGAGCAAAACAAGUCUGAGUCCUCAAAGAAAAUCACAAGCCCGCCAGGUGACCUGGGCCACAUAG